ACUCCUGCCAAAAACAACACACACAUACGACACACACCAGAAAAGGCGCUCAGGUUGCGAAGUCCUUGUUUUUAACAGAUUUAAAUGAAAUUACAUUUCUCUCUCUAAAGCUCCAGACCUCCUCUCCUCGACGAUGUGGUGCGGUCGCGUGGCUCUGCGCGUGGCUCUCCAGCGGAUUGCCGUUGUGCCGUUAAACUCAUUAAGUAUUACCGGGGGUUUACCGGGCGCCGUGCAGAGAGAGAUGUCGUCUCUACCGCGGGUCUACAUCACGCGACAGAUCCCGCCGGAGGGGCUGAAGAUUCUCAGCGAGUCUGGACAAGUGCAGUUUGAUCUGUGGGACUCAGAUGACGUCCCUGUGCCCCGGAAGGAGUUGCUCCAGAAGGUCAAAGGUGUCGAUGCGCUGGUCUGCGUGCUCACGGAGAAGAUCGACGCCGAGCUAUUGGACGCUGCAGGUCCUAACCUUAAGGUCCUGAGCACCAUGUCAGUGGGUUUUGACCACCUCUCCCUGGAGGAACUAAAGAAAAGGGGGAUCCGUGUGGGUUACACCCCAGAUGUGUUAACAGAUUCUGUAGCUGAACUGACUGUCGCUCUGCUGCUGACCACGUCCAGGAGACUGAUAGAGGCUACACAUGAAGCCAAGACUGGUGGAUGGGGAACAUGGAGGACUCUGUGGCUGUGUGGAUAUGAGCUGGCUAACAGCACUGUGGGAAUCCUGGGACUGGGCAGGAUCGGAGUGGCUAUCGCUGAGCGUCUGAAGCCGUUCAAGGUUAAGAAGUUCAUCUACACGGACGUGGCUCCCCGACCAGAGCUGGCCAGUUUGAUCGACGCAGAAUAUGUCUCUAUGGAUGAGCUGGCCAGUCAGUCUGACUUCCUGACUGUGUGUUGUGCUCUGACACCAGAGACUAAAGACAUCUGUAACAAGGACCUGUUCUCCAAAAUGAAGAAUACCUCCAUCUUCAUCAACACCAGCAGAGGAGGGGUGGUAGACCAGGAGGAUCUGUAUGAAGCCCUGUCCAGCGGUCAGAUAGCGGGAGCUGGACUCGACGUCACCGUCCCUGAACCCCUGCCCACCAGCCACCCGCUCUUCACCCUUAACAACUGUGUGAUCCUCCCCCACAUUGCCAGUGCGUCCUACUCCACGCGUAAUGCCAUGUCUGCUCUGGCAGCCAACAACCUGCUACUGGGCCUGAAGGGACAGCCAAUGAUCAAAGAGCUCAAGCUGUAGCUGCCAAUCACCUGCUUUCGGGAAAACACCAGAGAAGAACCAAUCACCUGCUUUCGGGAAAACACCAGAGAAGAACCAACGAUUGAAGAGCUCUUUCCAGAACUGUAAAUGAUAUAGUUGACUCUGGUCAUGAGACGAGUAGAUUAAUUAGAGAAUAAUGGUGCUGGUGUCAUCCAUCAUUUAAUACCAUAAUAUAAUAAUGAUAAUAAUAAUGACGAAGGACAACAAUAAACAUGGAACUUCCCCCCCC